AUGCGAAGAUCAAGAUCAUCAACGGAACUGAAACCAAAACAGUUAACAGUAAUAUCGCCAUCGAUAACAUCAUCCCCAAGCCCGCAAUCACAAUCUGAAAUCAAAUCAAAAGAGCAAUCACCCACUGUUCAAUCAAUCGACGUGAUAUCACGGCAACAAUCCAAUCAGCCAGCUCCAUCAUCACCAUCUACAACGAAUCAGAGCACUCAUAUGGAUGCAUCAAACACCAGAGGUUUACUGGUGCGUCGAACGUUCGUGUGCAUUCAAGGCAACUGGCGUGUUGUUGAUGAGGCUCCUGAUUUUUCGUUCCGCUUGGAGUCGGAAAGUCUUUCAGAAGUGUCACUGAAAUCUUCUGAAUGA